UCCGAAUCCAAAAAUCCAUUCUAAAUGGUGACCGGGCUGAAGUGCCUCGGCCGAAGCUGCUCGGUCUGGAAAGUUAUUCUACAAUUAGUUUUAAUUGUAAUACCGUCGACGUUGAGCUUCUGGCCGAUCGUCGUCGGAGUUGGAGUUGGUGCCGUUCAAGUGCCGGACAUCGAUGUGGACAACCGGAACCAGAACCAGAACCAGAACCGGCAGCAGCUUUGGACUAAUCGGAACCAACGAGCAUCAUCCCAACAGCAGCUGCCAUCUGCUGGCUACGAGCGGGAUUUAGUGAUGGAAACGAUCGAAACCGCGAAUUAUCCGUGCGAAGUACACGUGGUCACCACCAAGGAUGGGUACAUCCUGAAACUUCACCGCAUUCCGGAUCCAUCGCAGCUCCAGGAAGAGUCCAGUGACUACGAAAACAACAGUGGACAGACCCAAAGUGAAACCGUACUUAAUGAUGACGAUGCAACAACAUCCCAGCAAAAUAACAACGCUCAUGACGAUGACAAGGACAACGACAUAGCUCCCUUCCGGGGGGUGGUGCUGCUGAUGCAUGGACUCUUCUCGACGGCCGCCGAUUUCGUCAUUACCGGACCAGAAAGUGGUCUGGCGUUCGUGUUGGCCGAUGCCGGUUACGACGUGUGGAUGGCCAACGCCCGGGGGAGCCGGUUUUCCCGCAAAAAUUUGCAUCUUACCCCGAAGGCGGCCCAGUUUUGGGACUUUAGCUGGCACGAAAUCGGCACCGUUGACCUUCCCGCCAUCAUCGACUACAUCCUGCGGCACACCGGGCUGCGCCAAAUUGCCUACGUGGGUCACAAUCAGGGAAUGACGGCACUGUUGGCGUUGCUAGCAGCGGAACGCCCCACCAGCAGCCGAUACGGUCAAAAGAUAGCGACCGCAAUUGGGAUGGCUCCGAUUGCCUUCCUGGGGGGAGCUGGUUCCAACGAAAUCAUACAGGGCCUGGCCCGAUUCAACGACCAGCUCGGUUUAACGCUGAACACGAUGAACAUCUACGAGUUGACUCCGUCCGAGGCGGUGCUUAAAUUUCUGGGCAACGUUAUCUGCUCCGGAAGCCCGACAGGUGCGAAGGAUAUUUGCACCGAUCUGCUGGUGGAGGUGUUCGGUUACUCCUCGGAACAAGCUCGACUGAUGCUUCCCGGUUUGCUGGAAAAUAUGCUCAGCGGAAUUUCCACCAAACAGCUGCUUCAUUACGGACAAUUGAUGCAAUCAAAAAAAUUUCAACAAUACGACUACCGAAAUCCAAUCACCAACGCUCAACGAUAUAAGUCAACCCGUGUUCCAGAAUAUGAUUUGUCUAAGAUAAAAAUUCCCUUCACACUAUUCUACGGUACUAGAGACAUGUUUACUUCUGCUUUGGAUUUCAAGAAAUUGAUCCAGGCACUGCCAAAUGUAACCGCUAUUCACGAACUACCAUCAUGGGGUCACACGGAUUUUAUCUACAAUUCACAAAUUUUCCCACUAGUUUACAGCAAAAUAAUUGAACAUUUAAAAAAUUUCACUUUGAUUUGAUACUUAUCUUACUUUGGGGAUUAUAAAAAUCUAACUUUGACA